AUGACAAUAUUACUGGAGCUUCUCAAGGAAGUUUUUCCUGAGAAUGAAUUAUUUCCAAGCUCUUAUCGUGAUGCUUGGAAGAUUGUUAAAGACUUGGGUCUUAGCUACCAUAAAAUUCUUGCAUGCCCCAACGAUUGCUUGAUUUAUUGGAAGGAGACAGAACAUGAAACCUUUUGCAGAAAGUGUGGAACUCCUAGGUAUAAGCAAAUUGUAAAACAAUCCGAUGAUUCAAGUGAACAAGCUAACAAAGUUCCAGCAAAGCUUGUUCGCUAUUUUCCUUUGAAACCACGUCUCCAAAGGCUGUUCAUGUCAUCAAAGACUGCUUCAUUAAUGAGAUGGCAUGAAGAGGAGCGCAUCAAGGAUGGAAAAUUGAGGCAUCCAGCAGACUCUUUAGCUUGGAAGCAUUUUAAUGACCGGCACCCAAGCUUUGCUAGUGAUCCUCGCAAUGUUCGUGUUGGACUUGCAGCAGAUGGAUUUAACCCAUUCAAAGCAAUGAACAAUAAAUACAGCACCUGGCCAGUGAUUUUAGUGCCAUAUAAUUUACCCUCAUGGAUGUGCAUGAAGCAAACAUCAUUUAUGUUGUGUUUGCUAAUUGAUGGGCCUAAAGCUCCAGGUAAUGAUAUUCACGUAUAUCUUCAACCAGUAAUUGAUGAAUUGAAUGAGUUUUGGGAUCCAGGGGUGCCUACUUAUGAUGCAGCUAGUAAGCAAAUCUUAUGGCCUAUUUUGGUUGAUUAUUGGAGCUCAGAAGAUGUCAAGAAGCAAAGCAAGAUUAAUAGCAAGAAUCGAAAAAAACAAAAGAUGCCACAUCGAACAGGGCGAAAAGAUCAUGUGAACCUCAGGGAAGAGCUUCGGAUUAAAACUGGAAAAGAGCCUUCGAAACUAGACGUUUUUAUUCAUUCAAGACAAGGAAAACAAAUGGAUGAGUUGACUUCACAAACAAUUGCAACUAUGAAUGAGGAAAUACAAAAACUGCCAGAGACAUCCAGGGAUGAUAAUUUUGUGAAAGAUAUACUCUAUGAAAAUAUUCUUGGACCUGAAAAACCAGGUCGUCUUCGAACUUAUGGGGUAGGUGCGACUCCAAAAGACGUGUAUAGGAUGUCAGAUAACAUGAAUGAUGGACAAAAGAAAGCAUUUGAGGAUGCAGUGAAUGAGAAAGUGGAAAUCAUACGUGGUGAACUACGAGAAGAAAUGAAUUCGAAAUUGGCAGAUUUUAAGGAGGAGUUGAUUGCUCAAUUUGAAGCAAGAAUGAGGGCAUCCACAUGUGACUUGGCAUCACUCCAAAGAAGAGAAAUGAAUGCAGCAAAACAAUCUCAAAUUUCGGACUCAUUAGAGGUUGGUGAUAGAAUGAACAGGGAAGUUGGAACAAAUGAUGCUGAAAUGUACAAGGAAGUUGGAACAAAUGAUGCUGAAAUAAACAAGUGUGAAAUGAAUAAAAAAGUUUCUUCAAUUGCUGAUAUUCUUGAGAACCAUCAUACAAAGAAGAAAAGGAGCAGGACUACUUGCAAACGACUUGCUUGAGGGGACUAAUAGAAUACACUUUGCAGCCCUGGACUUGAUGGUACAUUGGAAGCAUGCGGAUUGGGAGAUAUGAAGAUGUUUUUGAGAGAUGUAUGAUAAAGUGUUGUACUUUUGAAGACAAGCACAUUUUGGAAUAUAUGAAAUAUCUUGUAAUUGGAGCGAACAAUAUUAAAUGAUAAAGUUUGUAGAAUUUGACUAAAACAAUGUAUGGUACUUUAUUCUAGUGUAU